UCGAACGUGUACUAGACAUAGGAAACAAUCGUUUCCGAUGUUAAGCGUAUAGUCAUCAACCAGUUCACACGAUAUUUUGCUAUAUUCCUUUUUAAACUAAUAGCCGUUAAAUUUUUUAUAUACCAAAAGAUUAAACGUUCGAGAAUUUGAUUGCAUACCUGUUUUGAGAUAAGGAAAAUUUUACAAUCAACGAAACCGGCAUCCGCACUGAAAAAAACAAUGGAUUUAUCGUAAGUUAAACGUUAAAAACUUCAUAAACUCAGACAGAUGAAAUAUUCGUUCGGCACAGUGAGUCGCGUCGAUAUUUUUAUAGUUGGAAUCUCGUGUUCCCAAGUAAAAUGGUGUCGACUAAAUGGAUGCUGAAUUUGUCCAGAAAUUGUUGCAAAUGGCGUCCUCCUCAAAAGCAGAAGAAAAUAUUGUCCCAGGAAGCAUACAAUAGCUUCAUCAAUUCUCUACCCGUUGUAAUAGACAUGGGAGUGCAACAGACUAAAUACCUGGAGACUGUUGAAUUACGUGAUCGAAUGAAAAGAAUUGCAGAAUACUAUAUGCGCGGACGAAAGACAAUUCAAGGUGAAUUAACCAUACUUGGCCAUGAACUUUUAUUAAAGCCCGAGAUAAUAGAAGGCGAUUUAAAGAAUCAACAAUAUGUUUUAGCGUGGUGCGUUGAAUUGUUAAUGUCAUAUAUUCUUAUCUUGGAUGACAUCGAGGAUGGCGCGACGAGCCGCAACGGGCUGCCAUGUUGGCAUCUGUUGCCUGACGUGGGCUCGCUGGCCGGCAACGACGCCAGCAUGCUGCGCAGCUUCAUCAUGCAACUGUUGCACAUCAAUUUCCCCUCUCAGCACUUCGUCAACUUCGUUCAACUCUUCAACGAGGCGUUUUUCACUUGCAACGUAGGACAAUAUUUGGAUGCUAUAACAUCGAAACAACGCAAUUACAAGAAUUUCACAAUGGAUUUUUACAAAAAUAUUGCUUUGUACAAGUAUGCGUACUAUUCUAUCAAAUUUCCUAUAUUAUCGGCGCUGGUUCUGUCCGACAAGUAUGACAAGGUGACACGUCAACAUGUCGACGACAUUUUAACUGAAGUUGGAAUUUGGAGCCAAAUAAAUAAUGACUUCACUGAUUAUUAUGACGAAGACGAGCGAACUGGUAAGACGGGAUCCGACAUACAGGAAGGCAAAUGCACGUGGCUGGCGGUGAUCGCCCUACAGCGCCUCUCACCCGCCCAGAGAGAGGAGUUUACAGCUAACUACGGCAGCUGGGAGCCGGACCAUAUGACACGCAUCCGCGACUUGUACCAACAACUUGGCAUCGUCGACAUGUAUUUCCGAGAGGAGCAAGCCACUUAUGAUAGAAUUAUAAAGAAAAUUGAAUCACUGCCCGCUAAUGCGGCACUCUCCGCCGAUUUCUUCAAAACAAUAGUUAACGCUUAUUAUCCCAACGUCGCUUGUGGAAAAGCAUUUAACGGACAUUAACUAGCUUGUAACUUAGAAUUCUAUAUUUUAAUUAAUUGAAGAUGAUAACAUUGUUUUUUAGAUCUAAUUUGGACAUUCCUUUAAAGACACUAUUUUAAACUAUUUUAAACACUUUAAUGAGAUCUUUUUAUUAUCUUUUUUUAAAAAAGAGUUGUAAAGGGAUAGCCAUAUUAUUACGAAAAUGAUAAUUCAGUUAGCAAGAAUAUGGUAAUGGGUAGUACUUACUUCUUACUGUAAAACUUUUUACUGCUUCUCUAAAAGGAUUGAGAAAAACACAAUUUAUUCUAUCAUCGUAUAAUCCAAAAAUAUAAUAUAAUAUAUACAAUGGUUUUAUUUUAAUAACUACGUCACGUCUACGUCCUUUAAUCUUAAAUUAACACAUCUUCCAAGUAAAGAUACGCGCCAAGAAUGUUUCAGCUACAUUUUUUGUUUAGUUGGAGAUAUCGCAAUGUAAAAAAAGAAAUUUGUAAUAAUUGUUUUCAUUAGGAGAACUGUUCUAAAUAUUUUAAAAACAUACUUGACCUUGAAGAUGUAACUCAAGGUUACAACGUGAAUUCAAUAUAACAUUGAUUUAGUUUAAAAGGCCUCCUUGCGGUAGUUUUUAUUUCUUAUAAAACAUUGCAAUGUCUAAUAUAAAUGACCAAUAAAAUAAAUGUUUAAUGCACUUCAGUAUGUACAAUCAGCGGCAUAAAUAUGUGCAUUUACUAAAAUUUAGAAACUUCUAUGCAUUCAGUUUAAAAAAAAAUCAUGCAUAUAUCUGUUCAUAUACUUCCGACCGUGAAUAUUUUUGAAACUAGAGGCUAAACAAGUUUUUAAAUUACUGUAAAACAGCUUUCGCCCGCGACUCCUUCCCGGUGGAAUUUAAAAAACAAAGUGUUCUUAUGUAUAAACAAGUUGUGCCAAUUUGUUCUUCGAGACUAUUCUCUACAUAUAUGCAAAAUUUCAUCGAAAUCCCUUUAGCUGUUAAGACUGCAAACUCUAACAAACAUCCAUCCAUCUAAACUUUCGCAUUUAUAAUAUUAGUAAGAUCUAUAAAUAUAAAUACAGCUGACUGUACACUGUUAGUAAGGCCGAGAAAUAUUUUUUAUAUUCAUAAACGUGGUCGUGCUAUAAUAAUUUUGACUAGUAAGCACCAAUUGACUAAUAUAUUAUUUCUUACAAAAGUAUGUACAAAUCUGUUUUAUGGCUAAGACAAUUUAGCCAAUAACAAAAUUACGGUUACAUAGAAUAAACGAAUAGACUUUUGAGCGAAUGUAAUAAAAUACAAGCCUUAGAGCUUGUCCCACUAUUGGCUGAUAGAAGCUCAGAUAGCUUAAAUGUGACGUCACUGUCAGAUAUAGUACCAAAAUUCGACAUUUCCAUCACAUUUUUUUUUGUUGGCAGACAAUUUACAAGAACUGUGGGAUAGAUCCUUAGUGAAAAACAUCCGUAAGAAAAUACAAUAGUAAUAUUUAUAUUAUCUAAAUUACAGAGAAAUAAAAAUUAUAGUACGCGGCAUUUGAUUUGUCCAUAAAUGUUGACUAAAAUAUCGCACAACUGUUGCGCGGUUGUCGAUUGUUUCGCAGCCAAUUCAACUGUUUAGUUGCACAACUAA